UAAAAUCAAGCUACCAGCCUCCCCUUUCCAUUCUCGUCGUGUUUUUAUGCGACGGCGGGCGCAGAAAUGUGACGUUCCUCAAUAAUGACUACAUUUCCCAUGAGCACCCGCUUGGUUGAAACUACGAAAGACAACAUGGCGGGAAUCGCAGCGUUCCUGAAGAAUGUAUGGAAUAAAGAGCCUGUUAUCUUCGCCUCCUGUGCUAUUGGAGCGAUAGGUGUUGCUAUUCCAUUCAUCAGCCCCUUCACAAAGUAUUCAGGAAUGAUCAAUUCUGCUACGCCGUACAACUACCCAGUCCCCGUGCGAGAUGAUGGAAAUAUGCCAGAUGUCCCCGCUCAUCCUCUUGACCCACAAGGACCAAGCUUGGAAUGGCUGAAAAAGCUCUAACUCCACAUUCACAGGAGCAGCGCUUCCUCUUGUUCAUAUGUUUCUGAAUAGCUGCUCCGCCUAUCAAUGUCCCACAAUAAAGAUUUAUUUAAUUCUA